AAGAGACAGUCUGCCAGUGUUGGACUAUUUCUCUCUUUGUCUGUCUUCAUCCUGAGCUGUGAGAGCGGCAAAGUUCUGGUUUAUCCAGUGGACGGCAGUCAUUGGGUCAACAUGAAGGUGCUGAUCGAGGAGCUGCACUCCAGGGGUCAUAAUAUCACUGUGAUCCGACCCAGUUCCAGCUGGUACAUCACAGAACACUCCCCUCUAUAUACGUCUAUCACAGUCCCUGAUGGAAUUGACAGUUUGGGUGACUUUAUCGAGGAGUACUUUAAUAAGAUGUUAGAAAUCCAGAGAGGGAAAGCGUCCACUCUGGCAUUUUUAAAGGUUCAAAUGAAUUUUUUCUCCAUGGUCUCAAAUGCACAUUUAAUUGCAUGUAAUACAGUGAGCAAUAUCAUUGAGGAUAAGGAGCUGGUUAAGAGGCUUCAAGAUGAACAAUAUGACCUUGUUCUUACUGAUCCAGCCAUCACAACUGGCGUUGUCUUGGCCCAUUACUUGAAGUUACCUCUGGUACUGAAUGUGCGUUGGAUCAUCAGUGGUGAGGGUCACUUUGUCAUUGCACCUUCACCACUGUCCUACAUCCCUGCACCAGGCACUGGCCUCUCAGACCAAAUGACUUUCUUUCAAAGAGUUAAAAACAACCUUUUCUAUGCAAUUAUUCUGUUCCAAAAUACAUUUGUGGUGGGGCCACAUUACAAAGCUCUAUGUGAUAAAUACUUUGACGAGGACUGUGACAUUGUAAGCCUUCUCCAGGAGGCUGAUAUUUGGCUCAUGAGGCUCGAUUUUGUGUUCGAAUUCCCCAGACCCACCAUGCCGAAUGUUGUUUAUAUGGGUGGAUUCCAGUGCAAGCCCGCAAAGCCCCUCCCUGAAGACUUGGAGGCUUUUGUGCAGAGUUCAGGAGAACAUGGCUUCAUCAUCAUGUCUUUGGGAACAAUGAUAAAUAGUCUCCCAGCUGAAACAGCCGGAGACAUUGCUGCCGUGUUCGCAAAACUACCUCAAAAAGUCAUCUGGAGGCAUCUGGGACCAAAACCUUCCACUCUGGGAAACAACACUUUGCUGGUGAACUGGAUGCCACAGAACGACCUCCUGGGACACUCCAAGAUCAAGGCAUUUGUAGCCCAUGGAGGAACCAAUGGAGUCCAGGAGGCCAUUUACCAUGGAGUGCCUGUGCUCGGCAUCCCAUUGUUCUUUGAUCAGUUUGAUAAUCUUAUGCGGAUCCAAGCAAAAGGAGCAGCAAAAAUUCUCGAGUUGUCUCAACUGAAUGGCCAAACUUUUGAACAGAUGCUACUGGAAGUUCUCAGUGAUGACUCUUAUAGGAUCAACAUGCAGCGACUCUCCAGUCUACACAGAGACCAGCCUAUGAAACCUCUAGACUCAGCUGUCUUCUGGAUUGAGUAUGUUAUGAGGAAUAAAGGAGCCCCUCACCUGCGCACAAAGGCCUAUAGGAUGCCUUGGUACUCCUACCAUUCAGUGGACGUGAUUCUGUUUCUGCUUAGUAUAGCAGCAGUGCUGACAUUCACCACAGUAGUAUUCAUCAGAUGUGUCUGUCGUCGAGCGUGUGGUAAAAGAAAAGUGAAAAACGAGUGA